CACCGACUGUGGACGUCGUCGGUUUUGUUGGUGUGUUUCAUACCGGGUGGAUACUUCUGUGUUUUGACGGUGUACGGUGUUGUCUGCGGCGCUUGCUGCUGCUACACGCUCCCAGCGGGCAAAGAAUUACGCGCGCGCGUCAACAGCCGUUCAUUUGACCGAUAGCCGAGGCGUACCGGUGUGCCUUCAUUCGCUAGUGCCUUCAGCUGCGUGCGUAGAGGCUUGGAAUACGAGUGCCUCGGAAAUAUAUUUUUGCUUAACAACCAGCAAAUAAAACGUGUACGUCUGUAUGUCUCCUGCAGUGAAUGUGUGCCUGUGCCUCUUCCUGUAUGCCGUAUCGCAAGGAAGUUUGAUUUUAUUACAGUGCGAAACACAAGUGCGCAACAAAUUGGUGACUAAAGUUUUCGAAUAAUUCCAAAGUGCCAACAACCGGGGCUGUGUGGGGAAGAAGGAGGGGAAAGGAACCCCUUCAACCGCAGUGUGGGUGUAAGUGCGUGCGUGAGUUCGGAGCUUGGGAGGGUGGACCCACCAUUGGUACCGUGCCCAUUCGACCCGACAGUGGCGUCGACAGCAUUCAAUCGAUCCCCGCAGUUAAGCGUGGUGCGGCAGUAUUCGAAAUAUCCGAAAUUAUUCCCAAAAGAACCCCGUCGCGGGCGUUCACCAAGCACUAGACGGCGAAUGUCACCAACACAGUGAGAGUGCAGUGUGUAGAAUCGGAAAUCAGAACACCGACACUUGCCGAAGCCGUGCUUACCCGAUCAACCCGACAGUGUGAGGGGUCCGUGCGUGGGCCACAAAAACGAAAACGAAAUUUGCAAUACAUACACACACACAGAUAUACAAGGUUGUCAGAUUGCGUGGGGUUGGGCCACGCUGAACGAAGCCAUCAGUAAGGAGGACCCAGGCACCAAAACUCAGCACCAGAGCCCCAGCACAAGACUGUUCUUCGUGACCACAAAAAGUAAGAGCUUCCUAGCUAUCCUUACUCCUUGACACUUGCAUCUCCUAGGACCGUUUGUAGUUUUGAUUCGUACAAUGUUCCUUCGGACUUGAGCGUUUUGCUGCUGAGCUUCCUAGUUGUUUCGUUUCCCUGAAGCGAACCUCGAAUAUCUCAACAAUCAAUAGCUCAGUUCGAGCAAUCGUUUCGCUCGGUUGUCCGUUUUCUUCAGGCUGCGUCACUCAAUCAAACUGUUUGCCGUUUGCUGGCUUCAAUCAAACAGAAAACGCGAUGGAUUGCUGCUGGCGAUGUACGCAACGGUCGCGCGGGCGUGGCCAUGCACAUCGACGCGAUUCGCCAAGAAGAUUCCACUCUGCCUAAGCUGUUCACACCGGAUUGCAUCCGGAAACCAUUAAACUAGCCUUCCUGGUCCCGUUUGCAAGGAAAACAAUCACAACAUAUUGGGAUUCUCACCCUAAAUCCUAACCAAGUUAAAAUCCUUCCGUUUUACGUUCACCACCGCUAAUGGGCCUUUAAAAAUGGGUUGAAACCACAGAUGCUGUCCGUGCAAGCGAAUGUUUGUGUGUGAAGGAAAAUGCAGUUUUCCACCAGUUAUAAUUUGCGCAAAAACAAACACUAACAGUGCCUUGGUAAAAAAAAUCAUAACUUCUGUGACCGUGUGUGUGUGCAUGUAAAAGUAGUUGUGUUUGAUGGUUGUCAAUUGUAAGUGCAAAUAGACGGCUUGUCCAGAGUGAUUUGGAUGCUGCUUUAACUGCCCUGCUAGUAGAAUAGAGGUGCGAAUCGUGGUGUGAGUGAGUGGUAAGGACGGCUAAAACAUGACACAGCUGCUUUCGCAUCGAUCAGACCGCUACAACCACUGCCGAAACAUAAGUCUCAGCAGCAUAAACCAAAGCCAUAAAAACAUGACGUCCAACGGCGUGACGUGCGAGGGUGCGUACAGCAGUACCAGCGGGAGAAGAAAACGAAUAUGUACGAAUAGGCUCCCGCUCACACUAGCCCUACUGGCACUUGUGUCGUGCUGGCCGGAGGCAGCCGGUCUUGAUCCGAAGUUCGAUCCAUCCACCCGGAUGCGGCUGGUGCUCGUACCGGCCGAUGCAACCGUCGGUUCCGUCAUUUAUCGGUUGCGAGCUUCCGACGAGGAGUUUGAAUAUCCGCUACAGUUUGAGCUAGUCGGUGAUGCGUCGUCGUCGACGGUGCAGAUUGAAACGUUACCCUGCACCAAGUUCAACUCCAUCUGCCAGGCGAAUGUGAUACUGACGCGUCGGCUCGAACCGGGCCGCUACUAUGACUUCCAGGUGUCGGUAAAGGACACCAAGGGUGGCAUGUCCGUACAGAGCUGCUCGAUCACUGCCACCAACUUUACCACACCCCACGAUAUUAUUUUUCCGCACAAGGCGGGAAUCAUCAUGGUUCCAGAGGAUGCUAAAAAAGGAACUGAGCUGGACUACGUGCUCGCCAAUAAGAACCCUCUAUUCCAGAAACCCGUGUAUCUGGAGCUAUGGGGCUCACCACUGUUUGGCAUUCGGCAGAAGUUUAUAUCGCCCGAAACUGCCGAAGGUACCAUCUUUCUGCUCGGCCAGCUAGACUUUGAAAAGCAGGCCAUGUACCAUCUGACGGUGUUGGCAAACGAUGCGUAUGCAGAACCUGGUCAGGAUACGCGAAACAUUGCCGGACUGGAGGUGGUAGUUAUUGUGGAGGACGUGCAAGAUGUACCACCUGUUUUUACGGUAGCACCACCAGUUACUCGUCUUCCGGCCGGACUCAUACCCGGCGAUAAGGUUCUGCAGGUGCACGCCGAAGAUGGUGAUAAGGGUGUACCGCGUGAGAUACGGUACGGGCUAGUGUCCGAGGGUAAUCCGUUUACGUCGUUCUUUGACAUUAACGAGACAAGUGGUGAAAUAUCUCUACUUCGACCACUGGACGAUAUACUGGCACUGACACAUGCCGGCGAUCCUGUCCUGCUGACUGUGAUCGCGGAAGAGGUGAAAGUGAGCCGAGAUGAACCACCUGCAAUGGCAACAACAGUGCAGCUUGCGUUCUUCCUGCCCGAACGUAGUAACUCUCCGCCAUACUUCGAAAACGACCACUACGUCGCUCGACUGGAGGAGAAUGCCGCUCCGGGCACGGUACUGGCUUUCACUGAUCCGUAUACACCGCGCGUCAUGGAUGACGAUGCCGGUAAGAAUGGGGUGUUCUCGUUGACGCUGCUCGGCAACAAUGGCACGUUCGAGAUCUCGCCGAACGUUGCCGAAGGACAUGCCAACUUUGUGGUGCGCGUGCGGGACAAUACCCGGCUCGAUUACGAAACUGCCACGUAUGUACACUUCCAAAUCCUCGCACAAGAGCUCGGACCAGCCACCAACCUGUCGACGCUGGUGAACGUCACCGUGUACCUUGCGGACGUGAACGACAAUGCGCCGGUGUUUGAGCAGAACGACUACAUCGUCGAUCUGCCCGAAAAUAUGACAGCUGGCACGAGGGUAGUGCAGGUUCACGCCACUGAUGUUGAUACGGCGGGACUUGGUGGCCGGGUACGGUACACGCAGAUUCUUGGUCCACACAACACCUCGCUCAAUCUGGAUCCUGCGUCGGGUGUUGUAACGGUCGCCAUCAACAACCACGGAUUUGAUCGUGAGGCGAUGCCCGAGUAUCAUCUGUACGUGGAGGCACGUGAUGACGAUGGCAUCGGUAACCGUGCUCAGGUUCCGCUCGUUAUUCGGUUGAUAGACGUGAACGAUGAAACGCCCACGUUCGAGAAACCACUGUACGAGUUUAUUCUAGCCGCAGAUUUACGCAACUUCACCGUGCCGGCGUUUAUCCGGGCGACGGAUGGCGACGCGGAAGCACCGAACAAUGAAGUACGCUACGAGCUCAUCUACGGUAACUACGAAAAUAAGUUCUUCCUACAUCCGAUAACUGGCGAGCUUAAGCUGAACGCACCACUAGUGCCUCGCACCGGGUCCCAGUCACAGUCGGUGGGUGGUUUGCGCCGACGUCGGCAAACUGCCGGUGGCUUACCGCCGAAUCUCGCUUCCACUGGCACCACUAGUCAACAGCAGCAGAAGGAGUCGGACGUGUUCGUGCUGACGGCGCGAGCAUUCGAUCUGGGCGUACCGGUACGCUACUCCACGGCGACGAUCCGUGUCUAUCCGCCAGAGAGUCGUACCCGUACGGUCACCUUCAUCGUGCCGGGCAGUGAUCCGGACCGGAAGAAGGUACAGGACACGCUAGCCGACAUUACUGGUGGCCGUGUGAUCAUCCAGGAGGUGCGUCCAUAUCGCACUGGCGAUGGUGGCAUUCCGACCGAUCUUAUUGGUGCUGGUGGCGGUGGAGGUGGAGGAAGUGGGAACGAGCGUUCGGUUGUGAUUGCGACGAUACUCUACGAUGCUGACUCGGUUGUGGACAUCGCAAAGAUCCAGCAGCGCCUAUCCAUCAACGGCACGGUAACCAACAUCAUUAGCCAGGAGGAACGCAGCGCUAUCCUUUACAAAGCCGAAAACCGUGUACUGUUCUGGCUGCUUAUCUUUCUCGCGAUACUGUUGGCACUGGGCAUCCUGACGCUGUUACUUUGCUGUAUCUGUCCCAGGUGUCCACUGAAUGCCACCAAUCGAAAACGAAUACUUCGCGUGAAUAAUAUCGAAGAUGAUGUACAUCUUGUUCAUAGAAAGCAAGGAAUUGGAAAGCAAUCCAAAUCUGUUCAGGUCGCCGAAUGGAUGGGACGGCGAGAAGCCUGGUCAGCAGCGAAUCGAUCGACCGAUUCCCGUACCAAGCCGACUCAUUGGGAGUACCGAGGACGGCGCGACAUUGGCAAAGGCACACUAGCGGCGGGAACCGGGGAUGACGGGGGCGACGAUCGGGAUGGCAGCCCGAACAACCACGAGGACGAGAGCGGCAACGACGGCAAUGAACGGAAGCGGGCGAAUGAUGGCGGGAAGCUAGAGAAGCAUACAGUUAAAAUUAGGAGCGACAUGAAGAAUAAAUCUACCAAGGACGAUGCGCAUAUGCACCGGUCGCGAACGAAUCUGCUGAACGCCGACCGGGACAUGUAUGUGGAGGACGUGGAUGAGCACGAUCCCGAGUACCAGUCGCUAAAGCGCAUACACCAUCAUCACCACCAUCAUCACGGUGGUGCUGGCAAUGGAGGCAAACCAGUAGCAGACGAUGUGCUGCCGAUCGAUGACGACUCCAUGCGUCGGCAUGAGAUGGAUCGGGGCAGCGAUCUCAACUACGAACGGCGUGGCAGCUUCAAAAGACAAGGACACGCAGCACCUCCACAGCUCGUUGCGCACGGUGACGAUAUUGAGCCGCGUGAUCAGUACUUCAUCAAGGAUGGCAAUGCGGAGAUUCUGCGUUUGAUAACACGUGGCCGGAACGAGGAGGAAAACAUCUACGUCAACAUACCGCAGCAACAGCAGCAACAGCGACCUGGUGCCGCCAACCAGCCUCAGUACAUAAUGGUGGAUAACGGUGGCAAAGAGAUCCUGAUGCGACGGUACAUCGAGGAGCAGGCGAACGGGAAGCAAAUCAUACGGGAACACUAUCAGCUGCUUCCAGGCACCACCUUCAUCCAGACCAUCCCCAACGAAGUACCGGUGAGGCGUGGUGAACACGUGACGGAGGUGAAGAUCGGUGCAGCACAGGCCGGUCGGAGUAAGAUGGGUGGUGAGCAGGGUGAAAAUGAGGACGGUGGUCGGUUAAAGCCGGCCGUCUCAACACACUCCCUGAUGCACCAAGAACUGGAACACUCGCUCAAACAGCAGAACGCGCUGCUGCGGCAGAUACUGCUUGAAAAGGAGAAGCUCGAGGAACGCUACAACCAGUACGAGCAGGCACUCGAGACGCAGAGCUUACCGUGCCAGUCGAUGGCGGUGGUGGUUGCGGCUACCCAGACCGACUGCGACACCGGUACGCAGACCGAUCCGGUUCGAGCCGGUGGACCAAACGGUGGACUGGGCAGACGACGCACGAAAAGCGAAAACGAUGACUCGCUGUCGGAGGAUGAGUACGAGUACGUGCGGUACAGUCCACCGGACAGCCCGGACGGUGUGUAUCUAAUCAAGCGUCGGCGACACCGCAAGAAGACGAAGCAUCGGGUCGGAAAGGGUAGUUUCAGUGGAGAGCACAGUGGCGGAGAGUCAACCGGUGAGAGAAAGUCUAACCGACGGAUUAUUGUGGUGGAGUCGGUGAAGCGGAAGAUCCGGACACCGAUACAGGAGGAGGAUGACGAGCUCGUACACCAUGGACAGCAUGGGCAUGGGCGUGACGGGCAUCACGGGCAGGGUAGCCAUCGGCGUGGUGGACAGGAAACACGUACCAGCAUUCUACGCCGCAAGCGCAACGAAGAGUUGUCGCGAGGCAGCAAUGGGAAUGGACAUGGCAGCACGUCCAACGGUAAAGAUCACCGGCUCAAGCGAGAUGUACUGAUGGAGAUUUCGGAUUCGCUGCAUGGUGAGCAGUCUCGUGGUGGAGGACGGCGCAGUAAUGGUGCUGGCGCUGCUGGAGAAAAUCGACGCAAGAAGGUGUACCGCAAGAACGUCAAGUACUAUGAAGAUUCGGACGGCUCGGAGAAGGAAGUAGUGGUGCAAAAGAACUACUUCUCCGCCGACAGCCUGGACGAGAUCACGUCCGACGUGGAGGACUAUCGGUACUCGGUGACGAAAACCUCCAAAUCGGUAACCGUCUCACCGAAGGCAUCCGUCGAACAGCGCAUUUCGCGUCGUGACGAUAAAACCGAAACCACCACCACACGCAUCCGGCUCACAACCUCCGAGUCGCCGAGCCGUCGUCAGUCGACCGGACCGACCGUUGCACCACCACCACCGAAAGGGCCUGCACCGAAACCACCGCGGAUGAGUAAAUCGCUCUCGAAGGAGGAAGGACUCAACGAGACAACGGCCGGCGGAGAACAGCACGCCGUCAACCCGAAGUACAUGGACUGGUACUACAACCUGGGAAAGGAUGCGGAUUCGCUGGAAAAGCGCGAAGGUCGCAAACGUCAGGAGCAGCAGCAGCAGCAGCAGCCGGCAGUCGGCACAACCACGCUCACCACUACCACUACCAGCUCCACCACUACCAUCACGACGGGCGGCAGUCGAAAGAAGCCGGACAUGGACGCCGGUGCAAAGGGUAAACCGGAACCAGCACCUCGUACCAGUCCACCGAAGGAGGCUCGACUGCUCAAGGAAGACAUCCAACACGCACGAAAGGUGCAACAGCAGACUCAGUCUCAACAGCAGCAACAUCCGGGCUCGGAAGCCGGCAACAGCCAUCCACUACUCCAGCAUUCCGAACAUCGUUACGAGGCAGAGUACGGCACCGGACCGCAGGUGCCUGCACCACCGGACAAGCUUCCCCACUACCUCUACCCCGAAACGCCUCCGAUCGUUAGCCGCGACAAUAAGGUACAGAUCAAGAUCGUCGACUCAUCCGCCGCGUCAACCGGUCCGCAGGCACCUCAAACGGCCGCAAAACCAGCAGCCGGUGGCACCAGCACCAAACCAACCAACACGACCGGCACGAACGCGAAAACGCUCAACGUGUCCACGCUGGAGGACGAUCACGAUUCGGGGAUCGCGAUGAACUCGCUGCUUCACACCAAGGGCAAACGCAACAAGAUAGCGGACAAGAAGAGCAUCUUCACCAUCGCGUACGACGAUGUGCGGAUCCGGCAGAUCCGGUCCGAAAGCGAUACACCGCCAUUCUCCUAACGGCGGGCAGGAAGCCUUCGGCAGCGAUCCAAACGACGCCAGCGUACGCCGUCGGGUAGUGGACGGCCACCGAAACGGUGCAGUGACUAGGAUCCGGGAGGCUUGACCAGCAGCGGAGACAGUAGCUGUAGCAGUAGUACAAAGCAGUAGUGCCGUUUUGACCAUUGAAUGACCAUACUGACACAGACCUUUUUCCAACUGCCAUAUAGUGGUGUUCCAGCCCUCGGCUAUCGGUACCAGCAGCAGCGGCAGCAGUAGCACCAGAAGCAGCAGUAAUAGUAGCUAACAGUAGCGGUAGAUUUAAUUAGUGAUAAACUGUGGAGCAUGGAAUAGACCGAUGGAAGGCGAGUGAAACCGUGCGGUCUCAGAGUAUUGUGACCCAGAUUGGUUUUGUUAGGUUAGGCUGUCUUUCACGUCCAUCGCUCGGAGUUCUGAUCCCGAUGCGCCACCCGCAUGCAGUCACACGAUCGCGCUUAGGCUUACGUUUGCUUGUACGUCCAUCGCCGACGCCCCUUCGCUAUCUUCGGUUAAGCGCUUAUGUACAGUAGCUUUACAAUACUUUAAAACAAGGCACGUGAACCGGACGCUAGAGACAAAUCAUUGUCGAUGCUUACAUUAAAGCGUAGCAUGGGAACCGAUUGUAUUGCGGUAAUGUCCUUAUAACUUGACACCCGGUACACAGUUUGUCCUUCACGCGUUCCUUAUGUAUCUUUACCUGUGUAAAAAUAGAGCAACUCUUGAGAAAGCGAGAGGAGAGAGUUUAAAUUUGUAAAUUUUGUUUCGUUAGUGCCUUAGGUUCGUCAAUUUACUGUUCCUUUACCAAAAUGGAAUCAUUCGAUAGGGUGGCCUGCGACUGCCAGGUGUUGGAUGUAGGAUGUUAGAGGUUUUUUGCAGGAAAAUUGCCAUAAGAAGUAGUUCAAGGUUCCGCCCACUUUGCAUUGCAGUAGCACGACACUUGACGCUCAUUUUCCUGUCCUGUUCAUGUAUAUAGCGACACAUGUUUGUGGUUUGAGUAGCGACAUUGCAGAUGCCAUUCAGGAUGGUGGGCAAGAUAGAAUCGAAGGUCGCAAGGGAUCAUCGUUAAGAGCAAGCAGUUAAUCAUGUAUAGCAGAUAUAAUUUGCGGCUAGGGUUAGUAUCGUAAUUAUGUGUAGUAAGCUGCAACAAGUAGACAAAUGCAAUGCGCGUUGAGGAAUGUUCGUGGAAUGUUCCGAAGGACAAGAUGGCCGGAUGUUCCAAACAUGGUUUCUUCCAUCGGGUCGAGCAAAGUUUGUCGCCGUUAGCAGGUUCAGUAGAAAAAAGAAGGGGGAAGGUACUAGAAUAUUAGCGAACAUCCGUAUUUAGGACAACGAUAGCAAAAACGGAAAAUCGUAGAUACUUUUAAAAACCUAGACUAUUACUUCCUAAACUGAUCAAUCAAGCGAGACGCAACCUGUGGACGCACGGAUAUAGACGGAUGAUCCCUUGGGUGGGGAUCCGCUGCAAGGAAGUAGGACAUUACCUAUGGGAGAGGGAGGGAAUGCAACGAGUAAACUAUGAAUAAAGAGAACUCUCUAUUUUUUACACAAAUUACAAUUAAACAAAAAAUGAAACCAUAAACAA